AUGUGUUAUUGUUUUGUUGUGUGUGAUGUUGUUAUCCAUAAUUCAGAAGUCUAAAGCGUUGCUUGGUGUUGGAGCCAAUACAGAAGGUUUACUAAACACCGUGGAAGGAGCAAAAGGACAACAGAAUGAUGUGCCCAAGCAGACAACGAAAUUUGCACCGGAAAUAUCCACCGAACAACUCAAGGAAAUUGUUUACGAUCACAUAAAGACAAUUCGGGAUCCUGAGAGGCCAGCCACCCUGGAAGAUUUGCAUGUUGUUGAUGAAGAUUGUGUAAGAGUUGAAUCUAGUCCAGAUAAUGAUGUGUACUCAGUUCAUAUUGAGUUUAUUCCUACUGUGCCUCACUGCUCAUUGGCUACUCUUAUAGGCCUUUGUAUUCGCAUAAAACUGGAAAGGAACCUUACAGAAAAAUUCAAACUGGAUAUCAGCAUAAAAGAAGGGACACAUUCUACAGAAGGGGAAAUAAAUAAACAAAUCAACGACAAAGAAAGGAUAGCUGCAGCAAUGGAGAAUCCAAACCUAAGGGAAAUUGUUGAAUCUUGCAUUGAUGAUGAAAAAGACUGAAGUUAUAUUGUAAAUGGACUGAUGAUUUUGUUUUUUAAAAAAAUAAUGCGGAUGUAAGUUAUUUUC